AUGCCUUCUCUCAGAACGGCCUCCUUCUCCGCUGUGGCGGCUCUGCUCCUGUUGCCGGCAGUCAUCGCAACUCCUCUGCCGGACACGCCUACCACGAAGCUCAUCCGCCGCGAUCUCCUCCAGCCCCUCGGCGGCUCGGCCUGGUCUGAGCAGGAAAAGUGGUGCCCGGCCCUCGACUACGAUACGGAUUCGUGCUACAACACGGUCGCCAUCUCGCCCUCCGGCCAGCUCAACGCCGGACAGGACGAGACCAAGUCGGCCGGCGAGAUCCUUGGCUGGUGCCGCAAGGAUGUCCGCCUGCAACAGACCAAUAUUUACGUGCGCUCGCGCUGCAACAACGGCUGGUGCGUGCACAUGUACGACUACUACUUCGAGGCCGACUUUGGCUGGGGCGCCCACCGGCACGACUGGGAGCACAUUGCCGUCUGGGUGCAGCACGGCCAGCUCAAGUUCGUCAGCAUCUCGCAGCAUGGCAAGUGGGACAUUCGCAUCCUCGACGGCCGCACCGCCGCCCCGCGGUUCGAGCACGGCACCCACCCCAAGGUUGUGUACCACAAGGACGGCGCGCUGACCCACGCCUUCCGCUGGGCCAACGGCGGAGACGAGCCGCCCGAGAACCACUGGAAGAGCUGGCGCUGGGGCGUCGGCGCCGGCCUCAUCGAGUGGGAAAGAAUGCCGGACAACCUGCGCAAGACGCUGUCGGCCAAGAAUUGGGGCGCAGCCGAGAUGGCGGUGCGCGACAAGGACGGAAGCGACUGGAACUUUGCGUGGUACAUCAACGAGUCGCAAUACUUCUGCUGGGAGACGUAUUGCCCUGGCUUCCUGGCCCCCGAGUUCAAGCCGUGGGGUUGA